UGAAAACAAAUCCUAUCCAUUCUGUGCGCGUACAAGAGAAAGAUGAUCAAACGUCAGCAAGCUCUCUGCUCUGUUACUUAAAAGGUUCUGCUGUAAAUUUUAUUUUAUCAUAAAUAAUUAUGAAAAUAUCUGUCUGCUAAUCAUUAUGAAUGAUCCGAAUAGAAAGAUAGACAUUGAUAAAUCUUCGUUUCUCAGCUUGAAGGCAGAGUUGCUUCGUAAGCAGGAGGAAAUAUCCCGCGCCAAAGCAUUGACCUCGAUUGACGAUUUCGUGCCGAAAAAAGUGCAUAAACCAGAUAAAACCUUAACAUCUGCUGAUCGAAAUAAAUCUACCGCCGUUCGUAACCGUAAAGAGGAACCAAUUGAGUUGGAAGAUUCGGCUGAACUGAACCGCUCAAAGAAGAUUUUGCAAUCUAAAGCUAGGUAUUAUGAUCGUAUGGUUGCUUCUGGAGGAGCGCUUAAUAGCGAUGAGAACUGCUUAGUAUUGUUCAAUCAAAAAAAGCAAACCAAUAAACCGAUACCAGACGACAUCCAUCAUAGCUCGAACGAUUCGUCAUCCGAUAAUGAAGAAAUCCAAAAAUCGCGACGUUCCAGCUCAAAUUUAGAUGAAGAUUGGGUCGAAUAUACGGAUUUCUUAGGCCGUAGUCGCAAGUGUAAGAGACAGGACUUAGGAGAUUGCUUGCGGAAAGACAAAGAUUUGGCACGGGAUGCCAAGAGAGACGAAAGUGGGAAGGAUGAUGAAGAAGGGGAUGUUAUUGGACCUAUACCGUCCAUGGCCAUCACGGAGGAUACCAUCGGAGAACGGUUCCGUGAGAUGCGUGAUCAAUGGGCCAAACAGGAAGUUGAAAACUUGGAAAAGAAUUCGGUUCACUAUCAAGAUGUACUGUUCGAUGAGGCCCGCCAGCACGGUGUUGGUUAUUACGCAUUCUCAACUGACCGUGACGAACGUAACCGCCAGCAGCAGGAGCUUGAUUCGAUCCGUGAUUCUACUUUGGAGGCCCAAAAAGAGCGAGAAGAUUUACGCAAAGCACGUGACAAGAUAAUUGCAGACCGGAUGAAGGCUGCCAAGGCAAGGCAACGUGCUCGCCAGGGAUUGCCACCGGAGGAGGAUCCAAGUGAGGUAUUAGAAAAGGAAACGCUGCAAACGGAUGCCUCAGAGGAUGCGUUGUACGACACAAGUGAGGAGAGGAAACGGCUAAAGGCGGAGUCCAAGGCGCAGCGGAAAAAGGAUAAGGAAGAACGAAAAAGAGACCGUGAACGGCAAAAACACGUUCGACCUUGGGACGAAGGGAAGCAUAAAGAUGAAGAAAUGGAGUGGAAACCGGCCAGGGAGUGGCACGUCAUGUCGCAGGAGGAAUGGAAUGAAAUGAAGCGGAAAGAACGGAUAGAUGAGUUCGCCCCACCUGUCGAUUAUUAUCCGAAAGCUGAACGGAGGUCGAAUAAUACUAUGCAGCAAUCGAGAUAUUAUGAAGGUAAAGUUGUACAACUUGAAAAACAGGAUGCAGACGAUGAUUAUAAAUCUGACGAAGGAAAUGACGACGAUCAGAUUGGUCCUCUUCCUAGUGUUCAAUCUUAUGAAAGAGCUCAUAGUACGGCUAAUAAUCCACUUCUACCGACGUCUGUGUUCUAUGACCGAGACGCUCAAGAUGGGGAUGUUGUCAGCAUGCCUACCAUCCCUGGAACAGAGGAUGACAUAAUUUUACCGGAAGAAACGAAUCGUACGCUAUUUUUCACCACUAAGAAGAACAAGAAACAAUUUAAACGACGAAAUUAUGAUGCAUCGUUGGAUGCUGGGUCGGAAAAACGACACAAACCGCAGCAGCAGUCUGUGUUGAUACAAAAUGAAUUGAGCUGUGAUGGAGAAUCAGGAAACGAGGGUGAAUUUUGUAGUCGGAGAACGGGAGAUGGGGCCGAAAUUCCACCACCGCCCACGUUCGAGUAUUAUGGACCAUCAUCAUCAUCAUCGGCGAAGCAUAACCAGCGUAGAGCACAGCCAGUUUCGAAAAAUGCCCUUGAGGCAUCAAUCGAGGCUGGUUUGCGGUUUUUGCGGGAACAAUCGGAUAAAGGUGGUCCAAAUACGGGUACUAAGAAUAAGUGGACAUCCAAUGCGGAUUAUUGAGCUGAGAGGUUUGAGGGUGAAUAAAAAUUGUUUCGUUUAUGAUUA